AUGAAUACCAGCAAUUCUAAGUGCCAAGCAGGACUAGCCACUCAACAACUUUUUGAUCUACUUUAUACACCUCCAACUAAAUUAAUGUUACUAGCCGGAUGUUCGCCAGUUACAACUGUGAUAGCCGAAUCAGCACCUGUGUGGAAGCUUGUCGUGUUACAUGCUUACUGCAUUACUAUUUCUCGCUCGAAAAAAGCUUCUAUACGAUCUAGCGAUGCGUCUAUGACUGUAUUGUCGUGGUUGGUAUUGGUCGGGGCCUUGGGGCCAUUACAUGCCGACGACCCCGUACCAUUGCAUAUUGGCGGCACAUUUCCCAUGGAAGCUGGUUCUGGGGGAUGGGCCGGUGGCCAGGCUUGCUUACCUGCUGUACAAAUGGCUUUGGAGGAUGUUAACAAUAGACCGGAUGUACUGCCCGGUUACGUCCUUCAUAUGAAUACCAGCAAUUCUAAGGUUACUUUGUAA